AUGUUCCAAGGAGGCAUCUGGUCCAAGCUUCAGGGCUACUACAAAUGGUACGUGCUCGGUUUGGUGUCCGUCGGCUACAUCCUAGGAGAGCUCGGGCACUACCUCAUAGGUACGACGUCGAAAGUAACAGCGGACGAUUUGCAUUACGGUGACAAAUCGUGCAUGCUGAACGCGACGCAUCUCACGCUGAGCCAACUUCCGGUCGUUUGCGAGAAAGUCAACUCAACAGAAUUAUGCGAGUCGCUGACUCUGAACGGCACCCGAUAUUGCGAGUGGGGCUACAACGGCCUGGGCAUAGAUUACCAGGUGUUGGCAGGACCCGCUUUCAUGGCAGUCUUCACUGUCGUCGGAGUGAUUAUCGGCGUGGUGGCUGACAAAUACAACAGGGCCCGUAUACUGUCGUUCUGCACUUUGGUCUUCGUGAUCGCGAUCGUGAUGAUGGGCAGCGUGACCGAGUACUGGCACCUGGUGAUACUUCGCAUGAUAAUGGCGGCCGGGGAGUCCGGCUGCAACCCGCUGGCCACCGGCAUACUCACGGACCUGUUCCCUGAGCACCAGAGGGCGCUGGUGCUGUCGAUCUUCAACUGGGGCAUCUACGGCGGUUACGGCAUCGCCUUCCCCGUCGGCCGCUAUAUCCCGAUCCUGGACGCUUGGGGCUUGAGCUGGCGGCUGUGUUACUACGGUGCGGGCAUUGUGGGCAUUCUGAUCGCUGGUCUCACAUUCUUAACGCUCCGCGAGCCUGAAAGGACGACGAUUGGCGAAGAGGGUGCCGGCAACUCGAAGGGGAGGGACGCCGCCCUGGAGUCCGGCAAGAAAAUGCCCCAGGUGACCAUCUGGCACGUGAUCGCGCAGCCCAGGAUCCUGCUCCUGUGUCUGGCCGCGUCCAUCAGGCACUGCGGUGGCAUGUGCUUCGCUUACAACGCGGAUCUGUACUACCGCGACUACUUCCCCGACGUGGACCUUGGCUGGUGGCUGUUCGCCGUCACCGUCGGCAUCGGCUCCGUCGGCGUCGUCGUGGGCGGCGUCGUCUCGGACAAGUUCGUUGCGAAAAUGGGAGUGAGGUCCCGGGUUCUGGUGCUGGCUCUAUCGCAGCUGGUGGCCACGUUGCCGGCGUUCGGGUCCGUGAUCUUCGGGCCCCUAUGGGCCAUGAUCACGCUCGCUUUCUCCUACUUCUUCGCCGAGAUGUGGUUCGGGAUAGUGUUCGCCAUAUUGGUGGAGAUAGUCCCGCUGUCCGUCCGCUCGACCACCGUAGGAGUCUUCCUGUUUGUCAUGAACAACGUGGGCGGCAACCUGCCCAUACUCGUGGACCCUGUCUCCAAGGCGAUCGGUUACAGGGAGGCAAUCAUGAUCUUCUACGCCGGCUUCUACGGAAUCAGUAGUAUUCUCUUCUUCCUGACGAUGUUCCUGAUGGACGGUCCCGUGGAGAGGCAGGCUGAGCAGACGCACAAGCCGAGCGGCUUAGACAACCGGGCUUUCAGCCAGGACGAAAUCCCCGCAAGAAGCGGAAGCAGGAACUUGCCUUCGGCCCCAAUCGACAACAGCAAACUA